AUGGGAUUCGAUGAGCAAAGAUCGAAUUCCAGGCCGUGGAGGGUAUCGGAUGCUCCUGUCAAGUACAUCGAUCUGUUGAAAAGGCAAUUAUUGGGGUUGAGAUCGAAGUUAUCAAGAUGGAGGGAAAAGUCAAGAUGA